GGAAGGGGCGGGCGAGGGCCGGGCGGAGUCUGGAUCCCGCCUUCGCACAGGCUUUAUAGGGACUCGCCCGCGGCAAGUUGGGCUGCCCGGAGUCCCUCGCACCCGCAGCCUGGCGCGCAUCCUCGGCGUCUCACACCAGGCCCGGGCACAGCGGCCCUGAGCCUCCCUCCCUCCGCCGCCUCCAUUAGCUUGUUCUCAGUCCGGAAAGCGCAGCUGCUCGAGAAAGUUCACGGACCCCUGAGUCCCAAGUCCUUCCCUCCAGGACCCAGGUUGAGCAGCAACUUUUGGAAACUGCUGAUGUGACAAGGGAAAGAGAGAAGAUGCACCUAGACGGUACCUUUUAAGUUUCUGCUUGGAACCUUGCCUGGUGGUGCAUACCUGUAAUCCCAGUGACUUGGGAGGUUGAGGCGUGAGGACUAAAAGUUAAAGACCAGCUUCAGCAAUUUGGCUGGUCUUCUGGUGCACAUCAUGUCCAAUUUUGAAGAUGCCGACACAGAAGAGACAGUGACUUGUCUCCACAUGACAGCGUAUCAUCCUGGCCAAUUGCAAAGUGGAAUAUUUCAAUCCACAAUGUUUUACAAUAGAAGGAAAUUCACCUCCACUGAAAUGAUAAAAUUUGGGCGGAAUUCCAACAUCUGUCAUUAUGUUUUUCAGGACAAACAGGCUUCACGAAUUCAGUUUUCUCUACAGCCAUUUAAACAGUUCAACAGCUCAGUUCUCUCUUUUGAAACUAAAAAUAUGAGUAGGAAGACCAGUCUGAUUGUGGACAACCAGGUGCUAUACUACCUAAAUAAAAUGGACCUGCCCUACAGGUGCAUAGUCAAAUUCGGUGAGUAUCAGUUCCUGUUGGAGAAGGAAGAUGGAGAGUCUCUGGAAUGGUUUGAGACUCAAUUUCUUUUUUCUCCAAGACCGCUCUUACAAGAAAAUUGGCCAGCACAGACACCCAUACCUGAGAAUGGCAGCUAUUCAUCCUAUUCUACCCAAAGCCCUCUUCCUACAGAAAUUGAUGAAAAUGAAUUGUGAACAGAGGGUCUAAGAGGAAAAACAUGAAGGAUGAAGAACACAUUUGUAGACAUUCUACUUAUUAAGAGUUUAUUAGUGUAGUACAUUGUAGUCAUCUGUUAGGCUGCCAAGUUUGGGAUUUGGUAUUAUCAUCGUGUUGUUAGUCAUGGACUUAGUCACCUGUUGCACUCCUGAAUCUAUGAAGAAUUAAGUGUACAUUAGCGAAGGUUAGUGUGUAAGAAUAUCCUUUGUGAUGAAAUUGUGUUCUCAAAAUAAGGUCAUAUAUUUUUAUUUUUAUUCUUGAUUUCGGUCCUGUGUUUUGCUUUUGUAAGGAACUAUGUCUUGGUUUGGUCAUAUCAUUUCACAGCAGUCAUUAGUUUUCAAAGCCAAAGCUUAUUAACUGGUGUCUAAUAGCUUGUUAGUACUUGUAGAACCAGAGUACUGGAAUGAGUUCUAGAGUUCUGUCUGUGUGUCAUUGUGGUUUAAAUAUAAGGAGAAGCAACACCUUGAUUUUUCUUUAUGGAAUUAUAGACUGUUCCUAAGAUGACAGUUCUCCUCAACCUCCUUGUUUGUAUUCAUCUAAAACUAAUAUUUAAACAUUUUAAAAAAUCGCUGUGCUUAAAAUUUUUUUCUUACUGAAUUUGAAGUUUGAUUUUUAUGUGCUUUACAUA